AUGCGAAUUCUCUGCCUUCAUGGACUUGGGAAUAACUCGGAGAUAAUGAAGCACAAGAUAUCGCAAAUUCUGCAACGUUCUGAUCUCAGCUGGGAAUUAUACUAUUUGCAGGGAAACGAGAUAUGUCCUCCGGCACCAGGCUCAUCAAAAUACCCGGGUCCAUAUUUUUGCUACUCGAGGGAUUUCAAAGCUUCUAGCAUGAAGCUAGCACAUGAUCUAGUCCACAAAACCUUCAACGAGCAAGGCCCAUUCGAUGGAGUUCUGGGCUUCAGCCAAGGUGCCUCCGUUUUGCUAGCCUACCUCCUGGAACAGAUUGCCAAGUCUCCGAGUAAACCUCUACCAAUCCAGUUCGCGGUAUUCUGUUCGCCAGUCCCACCUCUUGCAACAACUAGCGCAUAUUGUCAAUUCGUCUUUGGUGACCUUUCUCCGGAGAACCAGAGUAGACUCCGCUCCUCAAAGGACGAUCAAAUCGACCUUCUUCCAGACCCAGCUCGUACCACGAUGUCGGCGAUUGUGGGUGUUCUGGACGAAAUGGAAAAAGUAAAUAGGCACUCGCGCAAGUGGUUUUUAGAUCGCGAACCUCUGGAAAUCCCAUGUGGAUUGCGACCGGAAUGGUAUGAAGCGCGCUUGCGUAUUCCGACCCUGCAUGUUCGCGCAGUUGAUGAUUCAGAUGUGCUAAAAAGAUGUGCAUUCCUGGCUGGAUCUUUCUGUGAGCCACGAGAGAGAGUCAUAUUUGAGCAUACUGCGGGCCACGAUUUUCCUCGACUCGAAUCCGAGAGAAAACAGUUGGCAAUUGCUAUCGAACAAAUUGCCUCAGCUGCGUCAAGUCCACGACCGAAGCUAUAA